UAACCAACGUUAUAUAAUUUUACAUUGUUUUUUGUUUUGUUUUGAUCUGUCCUGACAGAAUUAAUUUUCGGUCUUUAUAACGAAUAUUUUGUUAAAAUCAAAAGAAAUAACCCAAAAAAAUGAAUCCAAAUCAAGUUAAUCCGAAUAUGAUGAUCGUACCGGGUAAUAUUCCGCCGGCACAAAUAUCAAAUACGGCAUCACCGCAUCAAAUUUUACCAAAUUCAUCGGUUUCUAAUCAACCGCAACCACCUCAACCACAAACAUCAUCAUCAUCAUCGCAUCAAAUGUCCAAUACUCAUCAUGAUCUGAAUCGAUUGAAAAAUUUAAUUUCAAUGCUUCGUGAAACAUUACGAAAUUUUUUCAUAAUUUCUGGAAUGAAUCUAGAUUAUAGUACACAAAUGGAUAAUUUCAAUAAAAAUCUGGAACAGCCACCUAAAUUGGAAAAAUCAUUGGAAGAUAUAUUGGCUCUUUGCAACCAAAUCGAAUUAUGUUUACGAACAAUUCUGGAAUGUACAAUUCAAUCACGAGAUAGUAAAACUUAUUUACCAUUUCAAGUUUCGAAUGAAUAUAAUUUGGAACAACCGGGAAUGUUACAGGAUAAUACACAGCCAAAAUCAUAUGCAUCUUAUUUGAAUGUAAUCAAAAAACAGGUGACAUAUGCCAAAUCAAUUUAUGAAAUUCUUUCCGAAAGUGUUAAACAAAUUAAAACAAUACCUGAUACAAUGAUUUCUUCACAAGUUCAUCAUCAAGUACAACAAUUGCAACAAAUGCCUCAUCAAAAUCCUAAAUUGCCCACACAACUUCCCUCACAUCAAUAGAUCAAUAUUCAAACAAAUUAAAGUUCAAUUUUUUAAAAUUU